CCAGGUGAUGAACAUGUACGGCGACCUCGUCAUGGACGCCGUGCCCGACAAGGUGCAUUUCUUCAACUCCUUUUUCUACGACAAGCUCCGCACGCGCGGCUACGAGGGCGUGCAGCGCUGGACCAAGAACGUGGACAUUUUCGGCAAGGAGCUGCUGCUGAUCCCCAUCCACCUGGAGGUGCACUGGUCGCUCGUGGCCGUCGACGUGGCGCGCCGCACCAUCACCUACUUCGACUCCCAGCGCACGCUCAACCGGCGCUGCCCCAAG